GAGUACCAUAACGCUGCAUGGUAAAACCAGAAUAGCAACUGUUGACUAUUUGCCAAAUAACAGCAGCUUCCUGGUUCUGUCUACGUUAGGGAAGCAGCACUUUCCAAAACCGGAUGAGUUGUGCCUGAGCUGCAACCUCUGUUCGAACAUUCAGCAGCUACUCCAACAAAGUCGGGAAUAUCUAUACUGCUAGUUAAUUUUCUAGCUUUUUGCAUGAUGAAACGAUAAUACCACUUCUUGAGCAGAAGCAAGGCUUUACAUGUACACAUGGACAUGAAUUGAUUUCAUGUGCUAACGGACAACACUCUCGCAAUCUUGAACCACAUCCUAGCUAUUCUCUCAUUCACCAUGGAAACACUGCCACAGGAAUUGAUCAACUGCAUAGUGUUGUUUGCAGAGCGGUACCCGAACCAGCAUAAGUACUAUUAUGCGAUACAUCAAUCUUACGAACGUGGCAAAGCGCGGUCUCAAUUUCCUCGUCUUGCGAUUCUCAACCGCGCGUGGAAGGAAGCAGUCGAAUACAUUACGUUUCGCCGCCUACAUAUCUCUACCGAAAAUGACCUGGAAAAUUUCCACGAAAUUGUGACCGGGAAUCGUCGAAAAUACGUUUCCCAGAUCAGUUUUACAGAGAGAUCGCCAGAAUAUUCAGAAUCAAGAUACACGUUACCAGAAGCGUCACGGCGAAACCAAAAUAAAUACAAUGAGAAUUUUACGACAAAACUAGAAGAUCUUGAAGAGAUCUUACGAAAGUGGAAAGAUGAUGGCUUGCAGAAUGUAUUGCGGCUUGAUAGCCCACUAGCAUUUCGGAAACCCGAACCUCGAAAGUCCGAACCUGGAAGUUUUUAUAGGAGGAGUUGUGCAGCCGAUGGGUUUCACAGAGGACUCCUUCAGGAACCUUGGCUUCUGCGUAUCACUCAUCCCAACAAUCUGCCAACCUUGUCUAGUAUCCAGCAUCUCACUGUGGAGGAUGGCGAACAGAGACUUCUUGCACCAUCUACUGGACCAAAUCUAGCCUUCUCACUCCCGAAUCUUCAAAAAGUAGACUGGAAAUUCCAAGACUUCUACGGUUCUGAUGAGGAAGAAUCAGAUCUCGGCCCACUAUACCACCUUAAGUACGCAAACGCUAGAAAGUCAAAAGUGCGUUGCGCGGCGCGUGCAGGAUUCGCAAGAAGCCUCAUGCGGGCCUCCUUCCACCGGCUCAAAUCCGCCGAAAUAACCCUGGAGCACGCACGACCAUUCGACCAAAGACUCCCAGUCCGAAGCAUCGUACCUCAUGACCUCCCCCACUACCCCUUCAGCACUGCCAUACGUACCUUCUCUGAAAACCUCACAAGUCUAACGCUCAGCGCCCACGUCGACUCAACCCUCUUCUGGCCUCUAGAAGAACCCGCCACACUGCCCUCCUGGCCCAAUUUGACAACCCUCGACAUCACAAUCUCCCUAGUCACCCCCUCAGGCGAGUUGUACUUCACUGGUUCCCUUUCACGCCUUCAUCCCGACGACGAUGACCCAGCCGAUGGUACUAUCGGUGAUCUUGUCCCAGGCAAACGGAACUAUAGCAACUUCCGCAUCCGUCCCGACCUAGGCACAUGCAACCCCUUCCUCGCCGCCCUCUCGAAAGCAGCACUACAAAUGCCCGUUCUGGGCUCUCUCAUGCUCACGAUCGAACUCCAGAGCGAUGAUGGAAAUUCACACAUCGCAUAUUACGCCCCCGGUCAGGAAUCAGACUGGUGCGAUGAAGACGAUGGGGAUGAAGGGAAGAGACGGGUGUAUUACGAUGUUGAUGUGAGGUAUUGGCGGCCGAAAUAUGAGACUGCGGCUAGGUUGAGGAAGGUGGGGGAGGAGCGGUUUGGGGGAGAGGUCGUGGAGAGGUUUAUUCGGGGUUAUAUUUAAGGUGGUUUACUCGAUAUCAUGGUAUCUAGUGGGAGAUUUUGGGUCAAAGAGUUUACUUGAUAUGGCAAGAAUUACAGUUCUUUCCCUAUCAGUCUGAAAUAAGCAUUCCACAUGCAAUGUUAUCGAUUUUCACAACAAUUCAAACAGGUAAGCAAGUAACGUAGUGAACACGAUUCCUGGGACUUCAACACAGGGCCACCUAACGUACUAAAAUUAAUGACGCGCCCAAAAGGUGGCGGCUUUGUAGCUUUUGUAAAACUAGCAUAGUAUUAUCAGAAUAAUAACUAUCUAC